GCUCAAGCCCUGAGGAUGUGGGCAAUGAAAUUGUGCCACGUCAUUAGUCCUGAAAGUUUUCGGUACUCCCUGCCGUAGUAGAUUUUACGCUGCUACAUACAUCUGAAACUUAAAACGCGCGGGAAAUUCUAGCUCUAAAUUGGCGCCACAAAGCCCUAGACUAGACACAAGUAUUUUUUCCCUUUCGUAUUCGCUUUUGGUUUUCUUAUUCAAUUUUUCCUUUUGUUGGGGCGAAAAUCCCUAAUUCUCAAUCUCCAAAGUGUCAGUAAAUAUGGAUAUGGAAGGGUUAUCGGUGAUCUGCGCUGGACUCGGAACGGUGGAAGAGGACCGAAAUGGUAAUCGGAUCGGUUACACAAAGGGGGAGUACUGCUUAGAUAACUUGAAGGAUUUGAUGAGGUUUUUAAGGCGUGAUGACCCACAGAAUCGAGAUGUGUUUAAGCAAGUCUGUAAAUGGAAUAUUGUAUCUAAAGACUUGAUACCUAUAAUCGAAAAUUUUCAAGACGAUCGUAAUUUGGUUCUAAAUGCAGUUAAAAUUUUGGUGUUCUUAACUAUGCCAAUUGAGCCAUCAUCAAAUGAUAUAGCUCAACAGAUAGAGUAUUUGUGGGGGUUGAAGUCUUCAGUUAUGUUUGGUGAUAUUAUCGCAGUUAUAGUAUCACUUCUGGAAAAUCCUUUGGUAAAUCUGGAAGGUGAUGCGUUCACAGAGGAUGACUGGAAAUUGGUGCAGCUGAUACUAACGUUAUUCCGAAAUCUUUUGGCUAUUCAAGAAAUUUCACUGCAGCAGAAGGUUGUCGGAACUGCUACUCACUACCUAUCAUUAAGAGAUAAAUUUCUAGAACUUUUGUUCCGCGAGAAUGUUAUGGACUUGAUUAUAGUAAUAACCCAGCAUUUUGGUGGUUAUCUUCGUCAAGAUAACUUGCUUUUGUUGGAGAUUUUUCAUUACAUUUUCUUGGGUCAAGACCCAGAAUUGGUUUCCAAAGCACAUCUAAAAGGUUCUAAGACCGAUGAAGAGGCCAACAAAGCUUCUCUAGACAGUCUCAAGUCAAUUAUGGAGAAGGAAGAGGAGAAAAGAAAACUUACUAGAGCCCGAAACUUGGUCCGACAUUCACAUUUUAUCGGAACAUUCACUCGUCUUUCCAUGGAUGGCUCCAAAUCAGUUUUUAAUGGGAAACCUGCUUCUGUUUCUAGUGAUGCCAUGAUUAAACCACAUAAAGUUCAUCGGGGUCCUACUAAAACAAUUGCAUGGAAUCAUGGUAGAUUACCGUCAUCAAAGGAUAAAAUUUUGGAACUACUUCAUGACUUUGUAAACCAGUUUUUAACAGGGGGAUACAAUGCUUUAAUGCAGUCAAUCCGCGAGGAUAUUGAAAAGGAACAUCACAUGAUACAGAAGAGUGAUAUCAUAGUCUUCUUUCAGGUUGCUCAGUUUGUUACAUCUUUUCAAUAUCACAAGGUUUUGACCCGUAAGCCAAACAUGGGAGCAGAUUCGUCUGAAAUUCACGCUGAUGCUCAAACUGACGAUACACUUUAUGGAGGGACUAUUUGUGGACCUAUUGCAGAAUCAAUGAAUGACUCAAUGUUUCAGUUAGUGUUUUCUCACUGGCGUAAUAGAUUUGAGAGCUUGAAGGAAACACAUGAAUUUAAGUUCAUGUCUGCAGCUGGUUCUCUUAUGAAAACUAUGAUUUGCAUGCUGGACUUGACACUUGAGGUGUUGCCAGAGGAUUCUAAAGAGUCUCAAACAGCUCGGAUUCUUCUUUACAAGUUAUUUUAUGAUCAAACUGAUCAAGGGUUGACUCAGUUCCUUCUGAAUUUGCUCAAAUCGUUUGACACUCAUAAACAAGCCAAAAGUGAUCUCGAAGAUUUGGUAGAAAUGAUUAAUAAGAUUUUACACUUAAUGGAGAAUCUGCAAGCACGUGGUACAUUGAGGGUUUCUAAAAAAUCCAGGAAAGGGAGAAAGAAGAAAGCACUGAAUGAUAAGGAAACCAAAGCUGAACUCCCAGAAGAACAUUCUACAUUUGAGAAAGCUGAACUCCCAGGAGAACAUUCUACAUUUGAGAAAGCUGAACUCCCUGGAGAACAUUCUACAUUUGAGAAUGAAAUUGGUGUUUCUAAUAUUGAGCAGCCAGCAGAAAAGGGUGAUGCGCACACCGGUGUUGAAAAUAAAAGUUCUGAUGAUAAACAAGAAACAACCACCCCUGAUCAUACUGAUGAAUGUGAAGGAUCUGCAUUGGAGACAGAUACUAAUGGUGGCAACCUGCCACAGACGGAGCACAAGAAUUCUGAGGAUCCCUAUGGCACAGGUGAUUCUUCAUCUGAUGAACAGGCACCUGAGACGAAUGAAGUCGAUUUCCAGGUUUCAACUUUGGUUUCUUCAUUUGCCAACAACCAUAUCAUUCAGAAGCUGUGUUGGUUGCUUAAGUUUUAUAAGAGUAACUCCACCAGUACAAAUGACUACAUAAUAAGAAUGCUGCGAAAAAUCAGUGAUGACUUGGAGCUUUCGCCAAUGUUGUAUCAGUUAUCGCUCCUUAUUACAUUUCAUGAUAUCCUGGCUGAGCAGAAGUCAUGUCCGUGUCAAGAAUAUGCCGAUAUUGUUGAUUUUUUGACAAGUUUGGUUAGAAAAAUGCUUAAGAAAAUGAAAAAGCAACCCCUUCUUUUUGUGGAAAUUCUUUUUUGGAAGACUCGCAAAGAAUGCCAUUAUAUUAAUGCUGAAUAUAUGCUACAUGAACUUGGCCACUGGAGGAAAGAAAGUAAGAGCCGAGAAAAAAAUUUGGGUGAUGUAGAUGCUGGCUCAUCGCAGGGAAAGGGAUGGACACAUGUAAGCAUAGCAGAUGCGCUUGGUGAAGAUGAAGCUGACGUUCUGAUCAGUCAUGACCCGGAAAAUGAUGAUGGGGAAAAUUCUAUGGAGCAUAAAUCUCAAAGAGUUGCUGAGAAGAAAAGGAAAGUUCUUGGGGAUGAAUUUGAUGAGAAAAUCAGAAAUCUUUAUGAGAAGUUCAACAAUAGCCAAAAUUGCAGUGGCCUUAUAGCAGAAGAACUUGACCCUGAUGGCAAAAUUUCAUCAUUUCAAGUUUCCAAGAAGCUUAAACAGCUUGGACUUAAAUGUGCAUCAAGAAAAAGGAUACGCAAAUCUGGCGAACGUAAUUCUUUUGAGGCUAAUAAACUUGAUGGAGAAGAAAGGGUAGUGGAAACUAGUGGCACUAUUCAUAACUCAAAUGAUUCGGAGCAAACAUUGUUGAGUCAACCUACGCGUGCAAGAAAGAGAGUUCGGGCUUUUAGUGAAGAGGAGGAGAGUACCAUUAGAUCAUUAUACGAGCAAUUCAAAGACCAUAAGAGAUGCAGCUACAUGAUUGCAAAUGCACUGGAUGCGGAUAUUAAAUUGACAGCUAACCAAGUUUCUCGUAAGCUUAAGCAGCUUGGCUUGUAUAUUCCUCGGCAGAGGAAAUCUCGUGCCAGUGUCCAUUUGAGUGAUGGCGAUAACAAUGACUCCUCUAAUGACAAAGAGAAUGAAUCCGAUGAUGAAACAUUGCUAUCAUUAAUGAAAAGGAGCAAAACAGAGAAGAGUAGAGUAUUAACUGAGGACGUAGCAGUAGCAGAGCCUAUUGAUGCAGAGAAAUUAAUAGAUGAUGACUCUGAUGAUGAAAUCCUAACAUCCAUUAUAAAGAAAUCAAGGGAAGCCCCGGUUAAGUCGAAGGAAGUAAAACGGACUCCCACCCCAAUUAAAAUGAAUGUCGACGAAGACUCUCCGAUAUUGGAGCCUGCAGAACCGGAUAAGGGUGUAUCUAGCAACAUUUUCAGUAUGGACAACACGAGAGAAACUGAAGAGAUCACCAAUGAUAUUAACAAUCCAGUAGAUGCUGUGCUUGCAGCAGACAGUUCGUACGAUUUGCCACAUGAAGGGAAUGGUGUUGAUGAUGAUUUAGAAGAUUCAGAUGAUGAAAUUGAGCAUACUGAGUUUUCAAGAAGUGCUGUAAGUAGAAGAAGGGUGGUGUUUGAUAUGGAGGAUGAUGACUGAGAUGUUAGCUGCUGUGGUUUGGCCAGUUUCUGAUUAACUAUAGUGCUUUAAACGGCGGCUCAUAAAUUGUAUAUGUGAAUAUUAGAUGAUAUUGGUCUGAGGCUGACCUCCCAAGUUAUGUUUCACAACUGCUAUCAACAGUCAUAUGAUUGGUUUGUAUGACUGAACUGCGCGGCAAACAACGUUCUCGGAAAUAGGCGAGGAAAGGGUUGUGGUUUUGGAGAGUAUCUGGAGAGAGCAAUGUCAGUUCAAAAUGACUGGUUGGCGCAAACGGCACAAUUAUUGUCGUUCAUAUGUCGACAAUUCAGUUUAGAGAAAUUGUAAGUAGGAAAAGUAAUUGAGAAAAUGAAAAGAAUACAAUCUGCUGCAAUGCCUUUCUGCAUUUUAACGUUUGUUAUUUAUUGCCUGCUCCGCAAAGUUUAGAAAUAUUGAUUUAUUUUCCUUUUAAUUUUUCGGAAAAAAUAUAACAAUGAAGAAUAGAAACUUACCCGU